GAGAAAAAGAGAUCUGCACGCUGAUUGGUCAGUCCUCUCUCUUUAAAGCGCCAUCAGCUGAUUUUUCACCUCUGAUGUUAUUUUUACUGCAACCAGAAGCGCGUGGAUGGUAAUCUUACUCAAAUAACACCUCUGUUGUCAAAACCAGCAGCAGACUGAGAAGGUUGCCAUGGCACCGACUAAGCAUGACCAAAAACCAGAACCAGGAGACCUCAUUGAAAUCUUCAGAGGCGGAUACCAGCACUGGGCUAUUUAUAUUGGUGAUGGUUUUGUGAUUCACCUUGCCCCACCUUCUGAGCAUGCUGAUGCUGGGGCUUACAGUAUGAUGUCAGUACUCUGUGACAAAGCCAUAGUGAAGAAGGAGGAACUCUGGACUGUAGUUGGCAAGGAUGAGUACCGUAUCAACAAUCUUCUGGAUAACAAAUAUGAACCUCGACCUAUCGGACAGAUCAUACGGGAGGCACGGAAGUUUCUGGAAAAGGAACUUCCAUAUUGUGUGGUUAGAGGGAAUUGUGAGCACUUUGUCACAGAGCUAAGAUACGGAAAGCCAGAGUCUCGCCAGGUGCGAGAAGCAGUGCAUAUAGGUGUUGGAGUUGGUAUCAUGGCAAUGGUUGGCAUUGGAGCUUUGGCUUUUGCUUCAGCAAUUUUUGGUUCAAAAGACAAAGAGCAGCAGACAAAACAAAUGAAAAAAUAAACUGAAUUUGGAAGGCUUGACUGUGCUUUCAAUAUCAGUAAUUUUUUCAAUCCAUGUAUUUUAUGGAAAACUUGAAUAUUAAAAAAAUAUAUAUUUCACGAAGUAGAAGUCUUAAAGGUGCAGUGUGUAAAUUUUAGCGGCAUCUAGUGGUAAGGUUGCGAAUUGCAACACUCAAAAAAAAAAUGAUUCAAGCCCUUCUUAGAAAUUACACAUUAAAAUUGUGUUGAAUUAAUUUAAAAUACAUCAUUAAGAGCAGUAAGUAUAUAUAUAUUUAAAUUAGUCUAACACAAAAUGAAUAUGUACUAUAAUUUAUUGAUUUCUUUUUAAUUGUGUUAACACAAUUAGUUUGGGUUCUGGAGAAAGAAUUUCCCAGCAUGUUUUGCAUGCAACUGCUUUUGGAGAGUAAUUUUUUAAAUUAAGUGUCAUUUUAUGCAUUUUUAGGUAAAGAGAAAGACUUAAUGGUGUUUAAUGUCCAUUUAUCUUAUUGAUUUAGAAGCGGUUGUGUUAUAUUUUUUCAAAUUGUUUGGUUACCAUCGUGCAGAAGAGUGGUGCUUGUGGUUAGGUUAAUCAUAUAGUGACAUAUUUCUCUCAAUGAGCACUAACUGUGUUAAUGCCUGUUUGGAGAUCAGUCUUUUCUCACAUGCUCAUCCAAGUAUCAUAUAUGUUAAUAUUAUUAGCAUGCUAACAUGUGCUUAUGCUAAUUUGUAUGAUAUAAUAACGUUUUAUAUAAAAUAACAGAAUUGAGUUAUUCAGACUACACUACAUUGAGUUAUUCAAACUACACUAAAUUGAGUUGAGUCAACUAAUUGAGUAUUGCCAUUUACUUUAAAUUGAGUUGGACUAACUCAAUAUAUUUUUAUUGUGUAAAGCAGUUUUUUAUGAGUUAGGGGUACACAUUCAUAUUGGAUGGAAAUCCUGCCCACAAUUUUAUUGAGUUAAUCCAAUGAAUAAUUUUUUUGAGUGAACCCCUGAUAAUAUAUAGUUUUGCAUCUUAUUUUGCAUUUCUGUCAAGAGAUCCUUCUAAAAAUUACACACUGCACCUUUAAGUUUUAUGAGCACAAAUGGAAAUAUUUAUUAUAAAAUGUAACUGAUUGCCAGAAGGAUUGCAAGAUUGACAAAUCUUGUUUGGUAACAGGGCAAUACUGUAUUUUUCACCAUUGAUAAAUCUUUGUAUGAAGGACGUGUUUUAUAAAUAUUUUAAUACUGCACAUUUCCCUGCUGGCUUUAUUAAUAUACUCUAAUAUGGCUUCUUGUGUGUUUUUCAUGUUGUUUUAUAGUUCUAAUUAAACUGAAGUACCUUUUGUGAUGUGA